AUGGCGCACGCAUCGGGCUCGCGCGCGCUCGUGGACGUGGCGCAGCGCACGAGAGAGCUCGGGAAGGGGGCGUGGACGUACGCCGUGGUCAGAGCGACGACGAGCGACGGGAGCGAUGCCAGAGGGAGCGCGAAGGAGUACGAAGCGAUCGCGCGCGCGGCGGUGCGAACGGUGCACGGGAGCGUGGACGGGGGGUUCGAGUUUGAGGUGCUCGGCGCGGAGGCGGGACGGUUGAACGGAGACGCGACGUUCGUCGUGCGCGUGCGGAGCGAGCACUGGAAGAAGCUGUGGAGCGCGCUCACGAUGGCUGGACGCGGGAAUGAGGGAGAGUCGACGAGAGCGUACGACGUCCUGGCGUCGGGGGCGAGUUUGCAAGCCGUCGCGUUGGCGAGGUGA